CGCCGACGGCCAAACGACUCAGCCACGUACCUAUUUAAAACUGCGCGCAAGCCCCCCGGCGCCGAGUCGACAAUUAAUGAUCAGUGUUGCCUUGUCUUCCAACGCGACGCGAGCGUGAUCUGUGUUUACCUUACCAGUGUUUGUUUAGUUACGACAGUUUCGUGAAAAUGUCUGACAGUGGACUUAAGAGGAAUAUCCCAAUCAAGCUCGGAGAUUUUUCCGUCAUAGACACAGAGUUCUCCAGCAUUAGGGAGAGAUUCGACGCUGAAAUGCAUAAAAUGGAGGAAGAGAUGAGCAAAUUCCGAUCGGAACUAAUGAACAGGGAGAGCAACAAUUUCUUCAAGAGCACCACAAGCUCUACCACAUCAACACAGCACAGUGACAGCAGACAGUUGGCUGAGCCCAGCCAUUGGGACAGUCUGAACUCUCCCCUCAUCCAAGACGAAGGUGAUGGCAAGAGCCUGAAACUCCGCUUUGACGUCAGCCAGUACACUCCGGAGGAGAUCGUCGUCAAGACUGUUGACAACAAAUUAUUGGUACACGCCAAACACGAAGAGAAAUCCGAAACCAAGUCAGUAUACCGGGAGUACAACAGAGAGUUCCUCCUCCCCAAAGGCACGAACCCAGAGGCAAUCAAGUCGUCGCUGUCACGCGACGGUGUCCUCACUGUGGAGGCACCCUUACCACAACUGGCGAUCACCGACAGGAACAUCCCCAUCCAGAAACACUGAGAAUCUCAGCAGUCUACUGACAGCAGCUAUUCCAUAAUUAUUUAUUAUUAGGUGUAUCGAGAUAUUUUAUGAAUCUCUAAUGUAUGUACUAAUUUUGUUUAUACGUACAUACUGUUAUGCUUGCUCUGUGAUUGAAAUCAACGCAAAGAGCGGGUAACACGGAGCUUGAGUUCAUUGACCCUAAUUAUUAUUAGGAACUAAAUGCCUUAAUGCCUACUUACAAACUCCGUUCACAUAGAAUUAAUUUAAUAGGCAAGUGUACUGAUUCACAUUAAGCUUUUGCUGACACAUUUAUAUUUUAGUACAAAAUUGUUACAGAAAUUUUAGAUGUCAAUAAAAUAUAAAAAAUGAA